AUGGAGCAACAGGGUAACUCAGCACGGUCCAUGGAGGAUGGCAAGGCCGCCGAAACCAGCCCGCUCCCAACCCAGACAAGCCCGCCGGCGCCUCAAGAGGCCGAGCCCGUCAAUCAGACAAAUGAGACCACGGCCGAAAAGAAGGUCAAAAGCACCGAUCGCCGCAGAGAAAAGCAGCAGGAAGCCAAGAUCCAUCGAAGAGACACAAAGUCCCGAAGACGGGGAUCCCACCAAGAGUCUGAUACCACCGAUGAUGAUGACGAUAUGAGCAGCGAUGAUUCAGAUGCAUCUGAAAACUCGUGUGCAGAGAGACGAUCCAAAAAGAAUACACGUCGCUGUCGCAUCCGCAGAGUCGGUUCAGGAAAACUGGCCAAGUCAUCCAGGACCACAUCCAAGCGCCACAUGCGGCGCUCUAGAGACGACAGCGACUCAUUUCUAAGCUCGGACUCUUCGUCGAAUUCCGAUCGCGAGGUUGAAGUCCGCGUGACUCGCGAUGAUGGGCAGAGCGGAAGCGACACGGAUAAGGAGGUGCAAGACCUUCGUCGACAGAUUCUGCAGCUGCAGCAGCAAGUCGCUCUGCAGCCAGCCAUGGUCACCCCGUUUGCUGCGAACCCCAUGGUGUACCCAAUGCAAAACUUCAACCCAUACGCCUUCAGUCCCUUUAUUGCUCCAUCCCCGGUUCAAUCAGCCAAUACUGUGCCUGCGCCGGCAACAACAUCGCCUCCGCCUCCGCCUCCGCCUCCCCAGCAAGAUACUCCUCCUCCACCUCGCCUACGCCGUAUAUAUCGACGCGGAAUACCAAUCGAGGUCGAGGAGGGCAAAAAGAUCAAACCUCGUGGCAAGAAGGACGGGAAGCCAUCGUUUCGCCGAGUGGAUUUUGUGUGGGAUUCUGCGGCGCUUUGCUUCAAAAUUCGAGAUACGACAGACGCACAGUCGCAAGACGAAGAGGAUGAAGAGAGCAUAUUUCUAGUUCGGAGAACAUUUGACACACAGGGCAGAUAUCGACAGACCUUUGUUGACAUCAGGAGCAAGCUUUUGAGAGAAUGCCUGAAAGAAACAAUCGGAGAAGUCAAGGGGGUGACGUUUGUGGAAGAGAUCCCCAAACUUGAUCCCGAUUUUUUGUUUCUUUACAUGGAUGACCUGCGCGCCCACUACAAGCAUCUGAAAAACACCAAGCCAACAGGAGACUCAAAGCGAGAGCGGUCCAAGAAUGCCAAGAAACUCGAUCUAAAGAUCAUGCAUUUGAAGGUGCUGCUGAAGUACCUACGAAAGGAUUAUGCAGAAAUCAAGCGCCAAGUCGAUUCGCUUCUCCGAAACGGGCUCAUCACCUUCGAGCUUCUGUGGGCUCUUUGGAAGCCCAAAUCUCUGGUAUACACUACGACGUACGGUAACGACGAUGAGCCUCGCGUGUUCCGCGUGGAGAGCGUGGAGCGGCACGCAAACAUGCAAAAGGGCGAGUUCUACCACAUUGACGGCAAGUACUUUGAAUACGAUGGCAAGAACUUUGGCUAUGGAAGCAUGGCGGAGGAGAUUGGGUCGUUCCGCGGCGCUCGUAAAAUAACCAGCCUGCCGUGCUAUCCGCUCAAGUUUCACCGGGAUGAAGCUGAUGUACGGAAGAAGCUCAUUGAGCGCGGCAAGAAAUUUGUCGAGCUACGCGGCGUUCACUACAAGAGCUACUCAGGUAUGGCGUACCUCAAGAGCAAGAAGCACGGCAUCAUCAAGUUCAACGUGCAGCAGAGCCGGAUGAUGGUGGACACCAAGACGUUUCGCCGCAUCAAUCCAAACUAUCUCCUGUCGCCGCUUGGACAUGCAGCGAAUGGCUCACUUCCCCCGAGCGGCAUAUCGGACGAUGAGGACGACUCCGAUUAUAACUCGUGCGCGUCGGAUGCCUACAAUAGCGACAAUGGGCAGCUCGAGGUUCUCACUUCAGUGUACAAGGACGGCAGCGAAGAGACGAAAGGCUCAUCCACUGCCAAGGGAGGGUCAUCAGACUCUUGUGGCAAGAAUACCCCUGCAUCAUCAGGCAUCGAUACCGACGGCCGAGGCAAAGGCGACAAGACAUCUGAGAGCAGCGCCGACGAGUUACCACGCGCACUGACCGACGAAGACUACAUCCUGGCCUCCCCCGUCGUGCUGGGCUUCGCUUUUGCUGAGAAGCAGUGGCUCGAGUUCAAGGUAUCCAACGUCAACGAGGUCAAGUGGAACGACCAGGCGUGGGACUCGCUGGUGCUGGAGCCCGAGACCAAGGACCUGAUCAAGGCGCUGGUGACGUCGCGGCGCAGCAACGCGUCCAAGACGAUUGACGACGUGAUCCAGGGCAAGGGCAAGGGCCUGGUGACGGUGCUUCACGGGGCGCCCGGGACGGGCAAGACGCUGACGGCCGAGGGCAUCAGCGAGCUGCUGCAGUGCCCGCUGUACAUGGUGUCGGCGGGCGAGCUGGGGACCGACUCGCGGUACCUCGAGGCGGAGCUGCAGCGCAUCCUCGACAUCUGCCACGCGUGGGGCGCGGUGUUGCUGCUCGACGAGGCCGACGUCUUCCUCGAGAAGCGCAACAUGUCCGACGUGCACCGCAACGCGCUCGUGAGCAUCUUCCUGCGCCAGCUCGAGUACUUUCAGGGCAUCCUGUUCCUGACGACGAACCGCGUCGAGACGUUUGACGAGGCCUUUCAGUCGCGCAUCCACAUUGCGCUGCGCUACGACAACCUCGACGCCAAGGCCAAGCGCAAGAUCUUUUCCAUGUUCCUCGGCCGCGUCCGCGCGCUCGGCAGGCUCCCCGUCGACGCGCUCUCGGACGAAGACCUCGCGCGCCUCGUGCGGCAGGACCUCAACGGCCGCGAGAUCAAAAACAUUGUCUCGGCGGCGCAGGACCUCGCUAUCAGCAAGGAGGAGACGCUGGGCAUGAAGCACCUGCUGCAGGUGCUUGAGGUGCAUGCGAGGUUUAGCAGGGACCUCAAGGGCGGGACGGGAUACGAGGAUGCAAUGAGGAGCUACUUCUAA